AUGGAUGACUCACUGGAUGAUGAUGCUCAUUCAGUGGAAUUAAACCAAGUAACCUGCGAAACACCAGUGGCACGGCCCAAGCCACGCCAAAGUCGUGUUUCGAAGGUCAGCAUGGAAAGAUGCAGCCCAGCCGCCGCGGCUGAUUCGGCUCGUUCUUCCCGGGCUUCCCGGAGCGAUUCAAAACCGCCACUGGACAGCGACGGCUCUGCUCCACAAAGAUCCAGACGGGAGCUCAAACGUAAGAGGGGCUAUUCCCCCGAUCCGACAUCCACUUAUGGUCGACGAUCGCUGGCUUCCAUGCUAAAUUCGCGUCCGCCCAGCCCGACCUUACCGUCAAGCAGCAAGGACGCGGAUCCUGAAGUGCAAGACCUUCGGUCAUUAUUGGGCAAUAUGGACCGUCACAUUGUGCACUACGAAGUGCCAUCAAGCUUUCACGAAAUUUUGCCUACUCGUCUGCACAACCUGACCACGGCCGAGAAGUACUGGCGGAAGUCGGACGAUUCGCAAAAGAAACCCAGGGCCAAGCGUUCACGCAAACCGGCGGUGCACAAUCCCCCAACACUGGUCAAAGUCAAAACCGAGUCGCUGGCAGUGGAACCAGAGAUUGCCGUGCCGAGCGUCGAAGAAGAAAAGCCGAAGAUUGUCGCGCCUGUCAAGGCUGAGGAAGAUCCAGAAGAUGCUUUUUGUGCGGCGCCUCCCUCUACUGCCAAGAAGCCGUCGGCAAAGAAGCGCGUCGCUGCUCAUGGGUUGAUAAAGCUGCGACGACCAGAUGCUAACGGCUUUGCUAACUCGCCCAAAGAGCCGAAAGAAGCUUUGAAAAACCCGAUCAACGGCACUCGGCGAUCAAAGGCAAAGACUGAGGCAGUGGUGGAUCAAGUGCUAGCCAAGGACGAAGACGAUGUGCUCAGCCAGAAUAACGCUGUGGUCUCCAACCAACCGGCGGAGGCUGUUGACCUCAAAUCGGCUGAACUCCAGGACGAUGCGAAUCCAUUGAGCGAGUCAAACGAGGGCACCGAGAAUCGCCGCCGUCUCUCACUCGAAAUUCCGACGCAGUCCGGCAACAAAAGGAAAGCCCGUCGUCGAGCCUCGCUGGACACCGACAAAGACGUGUUGAAAGACGUCCCACCUACCAUGGGCCCUACACCCGUGGAAGCCACCACCGCAGUUCCAGCUAGAAUAUCAAGACAAGUGCGCACCCUCCGAAAUUCGUCUGUGGCCAGCACGAGCAAAGAGUCGACUCCGGUUGAACCACAACAACCACAAGAACAGAAAGAGACAAUUUCCGAGCCGAACGCCAGAAGGAGAAAGAGCACUGUUCGCCAAGAAAGCUUCGCGCAAGAUUUGCUCAAGAACGUCGAGAAGAAGAAGGCGAGGAGAAAAUCGACGAAGUCCGCUGCUGAAGGCAUUGGAGCUGUCACAUCGCCACCCGUCGAUGAGACGUUGGACGAGAAGUCGCCGAAGGAGGAACUUGAUAAUGCCAUCAAUGAGGAUGUGUUGAGCGUUGCUGGGGUCGAGCAAGCAAGUGUCGAGCCGGAGGGGCGAGAUCUCCCGAAAAAGGAGCCGAAACAGGAGGAAACGCCGAUUAUUGCCCCUGAGAAGGUGGAAGAACCGGAGGUCGAGCAGCAAGCCGACGAAAAGCCUGUCCAAGAAUCCACACCAAUACAACGCAAAAGUCGCAAGAGUGCUGGGGGCGGCGCUUCGGUCAAACGCGAGCCUGUUGAAGCUCAACCCUCCCGUUCGCGACGUCAAGUACAGCCGCCUACGCGCUUCGAAGAUUUCGAGGUGUGCGAUAAGCGAUUGGUAAAGAAGGGCCCUCUGCGGGGAAACAAGGAUGCGGCGACCCCGAGCACAUCAAAAGAAGAGUUGCCGGUCACCCGUCAACGUCGCCCCGUGAGAUCGCUAUCACCGACACCAGCUGACAAUGCGACCUCGACGCGACGCAAAAAACCCAACCCGAAGCGCAUCGACGUGUCGAGCCAGCCAUCAACAUCCGAAGCGGCAGACAAGAACGAUGCUGAACAAAAACCAGACGUCGAGGCUUCAACGACCUUGUCGGCAAGCGAAUUCCCAAAUGAGUCUGCGGAAUUCGACCCUGCUGCCCCGGUGCCUCCUCCACUUCAGCCUGGAGAUGACGAACAAAUGGACUCCAUCGUGGAUGAUGUUGUGCAACGAACGCUCGUCCAACGACAAGAGGGCAUAGGCUUGACUAGGAAAACAUCGGUUCAGAAGAAGCCGUCAGCUCCAAGACUGAGCUUCCGUCUUCGCAGCAAAGGUGAGGCCGACCAGGAUGAGCCGUCCACCCCACAACCCGCGCCGGCCCAGAAAUCGUUCAGCGACGACGUCGUGGUGCGCCGGAUGUCGCCGGUGAAGAAGGACCUCGCCCCACGAACUCAUCUGCCCAAGUAUGUGCCAUCGUUCAAGCCACGCCUCGGCUCGCUGAUGCUGGCAGACGGCAAGCAGGAAAAUCUCGGACAGGCCAUAAACUACGUGCUCGACCGCAUGAUGUUGGAAGUGUGCAAGGAUGGUGUUACACACCACAACACGUGGCUGAUGUCCAACACCCAGAUAUACAGGCGAAAUCGCGAGAAGGCUCGUCAACACCAGCAAGAGCGGGAGCGCUUGGCUGAAUUGGGCCUGCUUCCGCCGAAACCUAUCAAGCCGGCUGCGACGCACACCUCCGAGCUGGUGGCGAACAGGCCGCGGCGAGCUGGACGAGGCCGACAUGGCGAUGAUGAUGUCCUGUUUGACAUGCCAUCACCGAGCGUCGACCAAAGGCCAUUCGCGCCUGGCGACAAAGCAAAGCCGGGAAGAGUGGGUCGCCCGCGCAAGCUGUCCCUCGACGUCAACAGCAUCUCGGAUCCCGGCCAGCACACCGAGGCGAUGCCCCCAACACCAUCGAUGGCACGGGACCCCAAGCAGAUGACGUUCGCCGAGUUUCUGGUGCGCAAUCGGCUCAGCUACACGAAAAUCGUGGGGCCGAUGAAUGACUUUACGCCCGACCCGUUCUACCGCGAGAUCUUGCCUGAAGUUGACCACUGCCCGGAUCCGAACGAGAACGCUGUGAUUGAUGUGAUGGGCGUGGAAAUGGACUCUCGACUGUUCCCUCCGCUUCCAACAAAACGCCUCCAACAUCUCGAGGAGGCCAGAGCGGGAGCUGCCGAAAUAUGUCGACUACUGCCGCGACCGACGCCCAUGCCCGCGCAACGCAACGGCGAGGUGCCGUCUCAGCAAGAGUGGGGGAUUUCGGACGCGCUGGAGCUGGUCGAUAGACUGGAGCUUGACUCGGUUGACCAUCUGCAAUACGACGAAGACGAUCGGGCCACAUAUGCCACGAUCAAAGUGUUCGCCGAUAUGGUGCAGCUGAUCCAGGAUCAAAGCAUGGUCGAUUACUCCUGCGAGCUGGAUCUGGAGCGGAAUGGCGCCAGCAUACACUUUGUCCUUUCCAAGAAGCAGGGAGAUGCCCUCCGCGACGUGAUGCUCAUAUUCAAUCGGGCCUACAAGGAACAGGGACUCAAGGUGCACCGCUACCUGAUGGCUUUGCUGCCCGCCGAUCUGCUCGCCAGCUACAUACUCAUCCUGCGCCACAGCUCGGCACUGAAUAACUACGACGUCAACGUGUUGAACGACUCGCUGAAGGACGUGCCGCUGCAGUUGAUCGCUGCGCUGACCGACGAGCAUCCGGCGGCCCUGUUGGCCCGGAAUCCCCACGUCGGCGCCGAUUGGGAAAAGGUGGCGCAAAUUAUGACGAUGAAGACGAACUGCGCGCUGAUCGAUCCAAAUCUCACCGAGCUGCACAAGACAACAAUGCGGAAAGAGCUCGACGACGUCGUGUUCGUCCUCGUCUCGCCGUCGGUGCACCAUGAGAAGUGGUUCGACGAGCAGAUCCUCUGCCACAAAUAUGUCUACAAGAUGCUGGGCAAGAUCUCGCACUCAUCGGUGCGUGUGACGCUCGACCUGACGACGCUGAUGAAGCGCGCCAACGUGCUCGAGGCAAAUCUGAAGGCGGUGGACCUGAUCAAGUCGGCGGUGACCACUGCACUCAAGUCGAACAAAGACAAGCGCGUCGUGUUGGUCGGAUGGGGCACCAGUACCUACAUGAACCAUAUGGUCGUCCAGACGACUCCCGGCAUCUCGGCGCUCAUCAAUUUCGCUUUCCCUGCCAUCACAUCUCUGGGGGCGCGAGGGAGCGCCGACGACGACAUUUGCCUGACGUACUGCCCGACGCUGUUCAUCUGCGGCGACCAGGCCUCCGACUUCAACGACGUGGUGAUGAACCGGCUGCGGCGUAAUAUGACUUCGCCCACCGGUCUCGUCAUCGUCCACGGCGGCAACACCCAGCUGAAUGUCUACGCAAAUUUGCUGGCCCACGAGCGCGUCACGCAGAAGAUCAUCGAGCGGGCAUACUUGGAGCACAUUGUCAACUUCCUGUCCAAGGACUACACAUACCAACCGCGCGCCGAUCUUCAGCCGCUGCUCCUCAACAAGGCCCUGCACGUCUCCAACCAGCUAAUCAAGCCGGCUCCCCGCAGCUGUGCCGCCCGCCAACGUGCUACCGUGUCGACGUCAAUUGACGAGGUCGCGUCUGGCUUGACCCCGCGCGACAUUGCUCCGGACAGCCCAACGCAUUCGCUGCCCGCGCCUGUGGGCAGAGAUUUCGUGCAGCCGCCGCAACAACACUACGCCCCGGCGCCCAUCCAGCAAUUCGGCCAACAACAACAGCAACACCACCACACCGGCGAGCCGAACAACAAGAAGAGAAAGAUGCAGCCCUACCCAGUGGAUCUCAAUUCGACGCCACCUCUUCCGAUGACCUCGAACGCGCAGCCCACGAUGCCACCGAUGCUAUCCACCCCCGGCAGCCAAACGCCAAAGCUCGCCGCCCCGGGCCCGGCCUUCAACAACUUGGCGGCCCCUCCGACGGCCUCUUUCGCUUCACACCCGCCCUCAUCGCAGCUGAUCCCGCUGGGGAGGCCCAGGCCCGAGCCGGGUGCCACCGCGGCAACCGCGCGCCUACGUCUCAGCGCCAUCCUCAACCAAAAUGGAUCGCCUUACCAACAGCGUGCGGCUAUGCUCAACGGCACUGCCUCGCUCGCCCAACCGCAACGCCGCAACACGGUGGCCACCAUGGAUGAUUCUCGUCCACUGGAGACCGGUCCCAUCAACCCGGCCGACAUUUCGUUGGAUCUG